AUGAACAUCUCAGAGAUGUUGGCCAAGUCCUGCUCGAGAGGGCUCGCCGAAGAGACGCAGAUCGAAGAACGACCAGAACUCGGACUUGGAGUCUUCGAAAGCAACCGAGAAGAGCUCGUUCUCCGUCGCGGCGAUCUGGAGGGUUGGCUUCUACUCGGGGUAGAGGUCAAUCGGGCCGGUGGACCUGUUAUAGUCCCUGUAGUCUUUCGUGUUGAGACCCCAUUAGAGUUGCUUCUCCUCCAGCCCGGCCUUGAUCCUGUCCAUGAUCGACCAUACACGGAUGAACGUGCUGAUCUUGGAGACGUCCUAGUUGAUCGUAUUGUGGUGGACGUCGAACUUGUCUACGAUGGGGAACACACUAACAAGAACGUCUUUUGCGUAUGGGACGGCUCGAGGAGAUUCGUCGAGGUCUUGCUUACUAAGUUGGAGAUAAUCGCGAAGUUAUUGGCGGUAUCGAAGAGCUUGGUUGUGCUAGCAGAUAUUCACGCAGUGUAG